AAAAAAAAAACAAUGUCACGGGAUCAAUGCUGUGCCUAAUAUUUGACAGAAUAUAAAAGCCAUACAAGAACCCACUAACAAAACAGUACUUCAUCUCCAUCAUGUCUUCGUCUCGAUCACAACCCAUGUCUUCUUCUUCUUCUGUUUGGUUACUUCAAUACGUGAAGCUCCAAUUCUUCACCCGAAUUCGCGGUAUCUUGAUGAAAAACAGAGCAACACCCAGAAAACGAACCCUUCCGCCCUCCUCGCCGGAAAAAUCAAGAAUCACCCACCAAGAUUCCGACCAAGCCUCGCCGGAGACCGCGGAGAGGAAAUCGGAGGGUGGUAAUGAAGAAGAAACCGUCAUGUUGCAGAGGACGGUGAAGAAGCUUCACUUCGGGAGCUGGGACGAGAAGGAAGCCGCCGCCGGAGAAAUCGAGAGGCUCGCCGGAGAAGACGGGAAGACUCGGCGGCUAAUGGCGGAGCUCGGCGUCAUUCAGGUUCUUGUUUCCAUGGCAGCGACGGAGGUCGCCGGCCACCGGAGAGCCGCCGUGAGGGCUCUUAUUCAGCUUGCUCAUGGAACUUACACGAACAAGACGCUGAUGGUGAAUGCUGGAAUAUGUUCGAAACUGCCGGAAAACGUCGAAGCCCUCGACCAAUCAUCGAGGCACGAAUUCGCAGAGCUUCUGCAUUUGUUGUCAUCUCUAGCGAAUGCACAUUUCCCUGUCGAUUCAUCAGAGAUUCUACCGUUUCUGAUCCAAACUAUGAACUCGGAUUCUACGGAUAUCAAGACCAAGGAGACAUGCCUAGCAACCUUAAACAACCUCUCUCCCGUGCUGGACAAUGCAGGACCUUUGGUCUCAAACGGAGGGGUACAAACUCUACUGCGCUUGAUGUCCGAAAAAGAUUUGUCGGAGAAGGCUUUGGCGACUUUAGGCCAACUGGCUGUGACCCAGAUGGGAAAAAAGGCAAUGGAAGAUAGCUUACUUGUCCCCGAAAGUCUCAUCGAGAUUCUGACAUGGGAAGAUAAACCGAAAUGCCAAGAAUACUCGGCUUAUAUCUUGAUGGUAUUGGCUCACCAGAGUUGGAGCCAACGCGAAAAAAUGGCAAAGGCAGGGAUCGUGCCGGUGCUUGUCGAGGUUAGUCUACUUGGAAGUCCUCUGGCUCAGAAGAGAGCGGUGAAAUUGUUGCAGUGGUUCAAGGACGAGAGACAUGUACGGAUGGGUCCGCAUUCGGGUCCACAAACUGGUCGGGUCAGCCCUGGAAUGGGGUCACCGAUGAGUCAGAGAUCGGCUCAAGAAGGUAAGAUGAUGAUGAAGAAUCUGGUGAAGGAGAGUUUGCGUAAGAACAUGGAGAUGAUAACAAGAAGAGCAAAUGUAGAUAUGGAGAGUCAAGCUUCAAGGCUCAAGUCUUUGAUCAUUAGUACAAGAUCUAAGAGCUUGCCUUAUUGAUUUUUCUUUCUUUUUUAUUUAUUGUGAAUCAAAAUUAAAUAAAAGUAAAUGUAAAGUGAAUCUCUCCAAAGCCUUAUGAUUUGACUUGGGUUCUAUAUGUA